AUGUUAGAAUUCCUCAUUUUAAUUACAUUUCAUAUUCUUACCGUUUUGAUUAUUCCAUUAUGCGGCAAAAAGCAAGAAGAUGAGACGGCGGCGGCUGUUGCGCAGGAGACUUCUGAAAAUCGAUUUAUUAAUUUCGCAGCGACAGAGAGAAUUCUCGCUUUAUACUUGGACCAUUUGAGAUCAGUGAAUCCUGUGGAGUUUCAAAAGCAUCGCCUAAUUGACGCCGGUAUGGCAGUUCUUCAUGACGUUCAAAAUUUGUUGAAACAAUCGCAAUUCGACGACGAAUUGAUAGCCAUCGCGAUUAUUCAUUUUCUCGCCGAUUACCAUCAAAUCAAAAUAAACAUGGGAAACGAGACAACCCCGUGGUAUACGGUAUUCUCGAAAAACGCAAAUUUUGACGAUCUUAAUAGAAGAAGAAGUAAUAAGAAGACGAAGAAGCGAAGAAUCAUGAACGCGUCAAAGGAGAAGAAGCGAGAGCACGAGGAGAACGCCGGCGGCGCGCUGAUGAGCAGCCUCGCCGGCCUUCGAAUCGCCGAUGGAAUGCAUUUGUUGACACCGCCGCCCAGUGAGGACAAGGGCACCUCGAGCCAAAAAUCGAGCUCGGACCACUCGAACCAUCAACUUCAUCAGCAUGACGAGAAGAACUAUUGCGAUACCGCGUCCUAUAUCGAUUGCCUCAAAGAGGAGCGCGAUCAACUCGCGCAAUACACUGAUGGUUUGACGCACGUGUUCGCGCUCAUCGACAAGGAGAUCAAACGCGUCGGGCAGAAGGUCGAGAAGACGGCGACGCCGGCCAACGGCAUCCUCUCCGAGACGAUUCCGAUUCCCGUCGAUUUGUAUCCGAACUACAAUUUUGUUGGACGUCUCCUCGGACCGCGCGGGACGACGGCGAAACAACUCGAAGAGAUCACCGGCUGCAAAAUCGUGGUUCAUGGAAGGAAGAAGGACGCGGUUGGAAACGAGAGCGCCGCAUCGACACCGAAUCCCGAUGAUCCGCUUCGCGUUGAGGUCUCGUGUCCGGCCACCGAUAUUGGCGCCGCGCAAAAGCUCGAAGUCGGCGUCAACGUCAUCAAAGUGAUUCUGCAGCCGCCGGCCGAUGGACAGGAUGAUCUCAAGCGUCAGCAGCUCACUGAUUUGGCCUACAUGAACGGCACCUAUCGACCGCGAAGUCAUCACGCGCAGCACUCGACCGCCAGCGGCGACUAUCCCGGCGCUCAUCAUUUUCAAAGCCUUCUGCCGUUCGCCUAUCGAAUUCCAGCGUUUGCCGAUUGCAAACACGAGGUUUUUCUGAAGACGUUGCUCUCGCUCGGACUUCCGCCGACGUCGGUCGUUCAGCUCAUGUACAAUCAGCAGAAAGAGUGCGACAUUCCGAAAUGCUCGGUGCUGAGAAGUUUGAUCGAGCACAAUGUGCCGCUGUCGCACAAAUACGAUGCUCCGCUUAGUGGUGUGUCGAAGAUGCCGCAUCCACCAAAGUUUGACGAGCUCUUGAACGCAAUGCAAUGGUAUGAUUUGAUGAGCCGAACCCGUCAGGCGGCUGAGGCUCAUUUGAGCUGGAGCACGCCGGAAGCAUUUCUAAAAUUUCAAGAAUCACAGAAAGCGCAAGAGGUUAGUAGCCGAAUGUGCGCUUCGAUGGGACCAUUUGGUUGCAAUCCGCGUCAGUCGGGCGGCUCAUCGAAGAGCUCGACGCCGCGAGCCAAUGUGACUCAUCUUGCCGAGAAGCCGAAAUCGGCGAAGAAGUAA